AUGACUGAAGCUAAUGUAAUUCUCCCAGAGGAGGGAAAGAAAAAUAUUCUCAUCACCAGUGCGUUGCCUUACGUCAACAAUGUCCCGCAUCUCGGUAAUGUCAUCGGCAGCGUUCUUAGCGCCGACGUCUUCUCAAGAUACAGCAAAUUGAGAAAUCGCCCGACCCUAUUCAUCUGUGGAACUGACGAAUACGGAACUGCCACUGAAACUCGUGCACUCGAGCUUGGUAAGACUCCUCAGGAAUUGUGCGAUGAAUUUCACAAGAAGCACAAAGAUAUCUACGACUGGUUCGACAUCUCCUUUGACUACUUUGGUCGCACUACAACUGAACAGCAAACGAUCAUUGCACAAGAAAUUUACCGGAAACUAGAUUCAAAUGGCUAUCUAGAAGAACGAACAACACAGCAGCCCUACUGCGAGACCCACGGAAAGUUUUUGGCCGACCGCUACGUCGAAGGAAUUUGCCCUAAAUGUGCUGAUACCGGAGCACGAGGAGACCAAUGCGAUAAGUGUGGGAGUCUAUUAGAUCCCUUGGAGCUAUUGGAGCCUCGAUGUAAAAUUGAUGGCGCGACACCAGUCACACGCGACACUACUCACGUCUUCUUGAGACUUGAUAAGAUUCAGGAUUCACUCGAAAAAUGGGUUGCAGAUUCAAGUAGCAAUGGAGCUUGGUCAGCGAAUGGCGUCAGUAUCGCCAAAGCAUGGCUCGAAAAAGGCCUAGAAGGUCGAAGUAUCACGAGAGAUCUUGUGUGGGGCACGCCGGUCCCAGCACCUGGUUAUGAAGAUAAAGUACUAUACGUCUGGUUUGAUGCAUGUAUUGGCUACCCUUCUAUUACUGCCAACUAUACUAAAGACUGGGAAUUGUGGUGGCGUAAUCCAGAAAAUGUUAAAUUGUAUCAAUUUAUGGGUAAAGACAAUGUCCAGUUUCACACUAUUAUUUUCCCUGGAUCGCAAAUCGGUACGGGCGAUAAAUGGACCAUGUUAAAUCACCUCUCCGUAACCGAAUACCUAAACUAUGAGCAGGGUAAAUUUUCAAAGUCGCGAGGAAUUGGUGUAUUUGGCGAUUCAGCCCAAGAAACCGGAGUGCCACCCUCAGUCUGGAGGUAUUAUUUAGUUGCCAACCGACCUGAAAAUGGGGAUACCCAGUUUGAGUGGAAGGCAUUUAUUGCAGCUAAUAAUAGUGAGCUUUUGGCCAACCUGGGCAACUUUGUCAAUCGUCUUAUCAAAUUUGUUAACGCAAAGCUUGCCGGCGUGGUUCCGGAAUUCUCAGAAUCUUAUGAGGAUGCUUCCUAUGAUUUCCCCUGCUUUGUCCGCGAGAUCAAUAAACUAUUAGCCGAAUAUAACGCUGAGAUGGAGGGGGUGAAAUUACGAUCUGGCUUGAAAAAAUUAAUGGAGAUCUCAGCCAAGGGAAAUCUGAUGUUAGCUGGCCGUCUAGACAAUACGAAUUUAGCUGAAAGUCCACUGAGAACGAACAACAUCAUUGGAUUCUCCAUCAAUAUGGCCUACCUUAUAGCAUCUCUUGCAUCUCCAUUUAUGCCCUCAACUGCCGCCUCAAUUGUAAAACAACUCAAUAUGCCACUUGCGCCAAUUCCUGAUACCUGGGAUUUUAAAAUUCUUGGUGGUCAUAAAAUUUCCAAGGCAGAAUACCUUUUUACCCGUAUUCCAGAUGAGAAAGAGAAUGAAUGGCGCACCAAGUACGGUGGCACCCAAGCCUCUCGACUUGCGGAAGAGCAGGCUAAAACCAAGAAAAUUGCAGACAAAGCUCGUGAUAAGGAGCGAAAAAAAGCAAAGAAAGAAGCAGGAUUAGCAGCAGCUAAACUGACCAGUCCCAAGUCGAUUACCGACGCCAGUGACGCCAAAAUAAUACUACCUAUUCGUUAG